CAUUCACAACAAGACCCACGACCGUCCGUACCGGUACGGGAACUAGUACCGGGUACAUCGUACUAAUGUACCUGUUGGUACACGUCCAACAAUGGCAAGACAAUGUCUGCAAUGGAGCAAUGGAAGGCUAUAGUACCAGAUAAUGGGUAACCGAGGCAUCAAUGCAGCUUCGGGAGGUGGCUAUGUGGGGCAGGAAGCAAGCUCUCGGCAGCUGCGCGAUUCAUUACACACGAAGCAUCAUUGAAGCCUGUGCCCCCGCCGAGAACAGGAACUUCGACGAACUGAAGAACUCGGCAUGCCCCUUUGCCUCCUUCUAUUAGUCUAGCUAGAUGAUAUUUUAUUCUGUUAACUUGCACCAUGUUCAAUUGCUCAGUAACUGGGUAAGGUGUCCUGCUCAUGCGAACGGCCCUUGUCUUGUCUUGUCUUGUCUUGAUCCUUGCCAAUUCUCGCUGGUGCACGUGGUGGAACGGCCGUUGGCGGACGAAAAACAUUUCCUGCUUGAUUGGAGGUGAGUGCACGCGUGGUGGACUGACUUGACCUGGGAAGUGUGGAGUUGACGAGGGAUUGGCUUGUGAGACUGCUUCCAUUGGGCCUGAACACACAUGUACGAGUAUGUCAUACGACUGUAGAGUAGCAUUGGCAUGAACAUUCCAGGUUUUCUGUGGGAUCCUUCCAAGUUUCUCUGCGAAGAUCGCCAUUUCUGGGUGAUGCUCUCUUUGACAUUUUUCUAGCUGGCUAGACAGCGGAGCGAGGACAAGGCGAAGCUAGGCAGCUCCGUACCAUGGAGGAAGCCAACUUCACCACACUACCACUCUAUGUUUCGAAAGAUGAUAAGGAGGAGGUACAGGCCGCUAUCAAGAGUCACCUUGAGGAAUCAGAUUGUCUCAAGUACCAAUGUUGCUCCAAUAGAUGGUGCAUGUUCUCGUCAGUCAAGAAGCCUCCGUUUCACAGCAAAUUCGGUAACACGUUCGUCGAAGCGGUCUGCUCCUUCCAUCAAAUGAGUAAAUGCCAGCAAUUGAGCCUUCUGAGUAUCUGGUGCGAAGAUGGAGCACGUUACACGCUGAAAGAAUACUCGGUGGAUGGAGAACCCAUUGUGUUGUGCGAGGACGGACUAUGGCGCAUUUUCGGUUUAUGCCGGAAGGAAUAUGUCGUCUCUGCACAAAGUACAGUAGCCCAUGCUCGACAAGGUGCUUGUCCGGAUAACUCCAUGGGAAGAGUAGCCGUGCAGCCAGAAGCAGUACCUUCCGCUCUCACGACUGUCGGAGAAGACCUCGCAGAGGCUCAGGAUGCCACACGGACCGAGAACGGAGUUGUGAUUCGUAUUGAGAUGACUGAUGAUCGUACAAGGGAGAAAAGGUUAGUGAGACGUUCGAGCAACGAAAGCACCGAAUCCUCCGUGGAAACAACCACAGGAGAUGCCGAACCAAACAAGGAGCAGAGAGGAACCGCCGAAAAAGCCAACAAAAUGCCUCCAAAAGGAAUAGUUCUCCCGUACACAAGAGAUGGACCCGAUAUCGAACAAAGUAUUCCCAUUUUGGUACGUUUGGAAGAUCACUUGAAUGGAGUUUGCAAGAGCGAGGAACAGCAGUUGCUUCAAGAGCAUCACAGGAAAAUCGUUGAAACAAAGCUGACAUACAACGAAAGCUGGAAAGAGGGAAGAAUCCAACAGUGGAAAAUUGACCCAUUGAAGAGCGAUGAUUCGCUGUUCCUCUGCCUGCAUCCAUCUACGUUUGUGCGCGCGGACAAGCAGAUAUUGGCUGCAAUUUACCAAGACUUUGACUUGAAGGGUGUUUUCAAUCAAGCGGUGGAGAAAUGGGACCUACGGGAGUUUUGCGGCAAGAUUUCUUCAUGUCUGUUGGCAAACCAACGGACGCCAAAGUUUUUCAAGUGCGCAAUUUUCGUUGCUAGAGUCUUCCAUGCUCUCAAGUUCUUUGAACGCGGUGAAGAGCCCUUGGAUUCUGGUGUUUGGCACCUGAUGCGCGGCGUGCUGUCUGCCACGGAAGAAGGAUUGAAGAGCAGCAACAAGCGCAAUGCACCCAAGAGCAGCGGCGACGACAAGCCACCGGCAAAGAAGGGACGAUGUGAGACUACACUCAAGCCCACAAGCCGUAGCAACGGGCAGCGCAAGAAAAGCUCAAAGAGCAACGCACCGCAAGCCAGUCCACAAGUCGUCCAGGCGUCCAUGACUCCCACCACCACCAACCAAACCCCCCAGCAAGGAAUUGGUGCUGGUCGGUCUGGGACGGAUGGCCCGCGAGAGGUCGCAACUGCGGCUGGGCCAUCCCCAAGAGACCACGCCAACAGGAACGAGCCUGACAAUGAAACUGGCGACACAUACGAGAGGCUAAUUCAAUGCCUACAGGCAGGAAUAGACGGACACGAAAAGGCAGCCGCCGAGUCGAAGCUCGCAGCAGAUUCACUCCGCGAUGCAAUGGCAAUUGUUGGAGAGCUCAAGAGAGGAGAAAACGACAAAGAAAAGCGAAUCAAGGAUCGCCUAUCAGAUAGCUUUCAAAAGGCACUACAGGACACGUUUAAAAAGAUGGGCCGCUGAGUGACGUGGUUUAUCGAAAGUUGCAGUAACCUCUUAUGGGAGGUAUUGACCAGGUUACUUUUGGCGCUCAUCAUGCAGCCCUGAACGUUUUGCAGUCAUCGCUUGGAGCGUUUCUUGGACUUGGUUCCUGCUCUUGACUGCUCCUUCUUUUUCUUCGGUUUCAAUUGGGGUGCAUUGGCAAACAAUAACACGUCCAGAAAUGAUUUUGGAUCUUUGAUGUCAUUUAUGCUCGUCAAAUAAACAGCCAACGGUAGUUUUCUAAAUUGUGCAUUGUCGGAUUCCAAAGGUACAUUCCAUUUUAUGUCUUGUGGAGUAUUAGUAGUUGCCUCCAAGUUUGCCAAUAAAGCAUUUUUCAAAUCAUUGACUUCUUG